AUGUCAAAACAGUUUGUACGUUCUGCUAAAAAUGCUUUCAAGGGCUAUUCCUCAGCUCAAGUACUUGUACGUGAUGCUACUUCUAACGAUAUGAGAUCCACUAACAUCGGCUUGAUGCAAGAAAUUGCCGCUAGAACUUAUGACUCUGUGGAAUUCUUCGAAAUUAUGGAAAUGUUAGAUAAGAGAUUGAAUGAUAAAGGUAAAUAUUGGAAACAUGUAGUCAAAUCUUUGACUGUAUUGGAUUAUUUGGUAAGGUUUGGGUCUGAGAAUUGUGUCUUAUGGUGCAAAGAAAACUUGUAUAUCAUAAAGACUUUAAAAGAGUUUCGAUAUGAGGAUGAAACUGGGAUUGAUCAAGGUCAAAUCAUUAGAGUGAAAGCUAAAGAUUUAGCUGAUUUAUUAGCUGAUGAUGAAAGAUUAAGAGAUGAAAGAAGAUUGAAUCAAUCAAGAAAUUAUAAUAAUCCAAAUAGAAAUAAUGAGAGAAGAAAUAGAAGUAGAGAUAAUUCACGUGCUAGAAGAUAUGAUAAUAAUAAUAAUAAUAAUAAUAAUAAUAAUAAUGAUAAUACUAGUAAUAGUAAUAUGGAUAAUGAUUUAAGAAAAGCGAUCGAAGAAAGUAAAUUGACCGUUCAAGAAGAUGAAGAACGUAGAAAACAAUUAGCUUCUUAUGAUGAUGAAGAUCCUGAAUUUCAAGCUGCUUUACAAUUAAGUAAAGAAGAAGAAGAAUUAAAAAAUUUGCAAGAUAUGCAAAGAUUACAACAACAACAAUAUCAAUUACAACAACAACAAACUAAUGCAGUUAUGAAUAUGUCAAGUCAACAACCAACAAAUGGGUUUUUUGAUAUUUUUGGUAAUCCAAUCUCUGCUGAUGAAUAUAAUCAAUAUCAACAACAACAAAACUUAUGGGAACAACAACAACAAGAACAACAAAAAGUCGCACAAGAACAAUACAUGGCUCAACAACAAAUUCAACAACAACAACAAAUGCAACAACAACAAAUGCAACAACAACAACAAAUACAACAACAACAAGAAUUACAACAACAACAAGAAUUACAACAACAACAAGAAUUACAACAAUAUGCGACUGCAAAUGCUGCAUAUCAACAACCUUUGGCUACAGGUUCAAAUAACCCAUUUGCCUUGGAUAAUUUAAAUGGACCUGCAACAACAAAUCAACAACAAAACGUUCCACAGCCUUCAUACAAUGGUAUCUCAGAUUUAGCAUCACCAAAUAAACAGAACAUGCAACAAUCACAAUUUUCUCCACCACUACCACAACAACCAUUGAAACAGACGAGAACUGGUAAUGAAGAAAUUACUCAGAAGUACAGUCAAUUGAAUUCCAUGCUCUCAAAUGGUACAGGUAUUGAUACAUUUGGUAACAGUGGUGAACAACGUAUUCCAGCGCAACAUACAGCUACUGGUACAUUUAUUAACUCACAAGGUACUGGAUAUCAUCAAGAGACAAAUGAACCAAAGAAUAACCCAUUUUUAAAUAGUCAAUAUACAGGAUUACCAAGUUCUGGUAUAGCCCCUCUACAUACGGGUUAUGGUUUUGGUAACCAAGGACCACAAGACAAUCAACCACCACUACCACCACAACCAAAUCAAGCCAGCCAAUAUAAUCAACCACCACAACCAAAUCAAACCGGUCAGUAUAACCAGCAACAACAAAUCGGCUUUCCACAACCACCCCAGUUCCAAACACCUAACCAAUAUCAACAGCAGAACAAUAAUGCUAAUGCGCCUGAUCAAGGUAUUAGUUUAAUUGAUUUAUAA